GCUGACCGGCCGAGCGGCGGAUGUUGGGGUUAGUGAUUCAGAUGAUGACAGGAAACCAGAAACUGGCUAACGAGCCCCGGCGGAACCGGCUCCAGCAUUGGUGGCUGCGGCCGUGAGUUGCAGGAGGAGAUGGGACAGAUGGGAGAGAGCGGCUGAGGCUGUGGGCUGGACGUGGCCGGGCCAUGGCGCAGCUGGAGCUGCUGUGGGCGGCUGCUGUGCUGAUGCUGCUCGGGGCCGCCGUCAGCCUCUGCGUCAAGUGCCAGCACUCCGCUACCAAGCGAGAGAAGCAGCCGAACGAGCGAAGCAGCCAGCUUGAAAGCCAGCAGACAUUUGAGGUGAUCCGAUCCCAUUCCACUACAACCCGAAGGCUGGAACAAAUUAAGGAACAUGAAAACUUCCCAGGAGUAAGGAAAACCACCAAGGAGCUUGGCGCCUCCCACUGCGGAUACGGGAGCAGGACCAGCUUCAGGUAUCAAAAUUUCCUGACAGAGGACUGCCUGCAAGGGGACGCUGCCUACGUGGAGCCCAUGUCUCUGGAUUACUACAACUGUGCUCGGUUCUUCACACCACCCAACGAGAAAGAAGAGGAUUCCCAUUCCUAUCAAAACGUCAUCAUUGGAACACCUCACAGCUCCGAUCCAGUCACAGAUGAUGCUGUAGACUAUGAGAACAGCGCGGCGAUACACAUAUGGAACCUCCAGCAAGCAGAAGUUGCAGCUCUGCAGAUGGAAAGCCCGGAUGAUGAGCCAGACUAUGUCAACACGGCCCCUGCAUCAGGCCCUGCCCCUCUGUCAAAUAAAAGUAUUCUACAUAAAGUCUGAAGAAGUCCUGUGCUGAGCUGUGAGAGCGCACCCAGCGAGCAUGCACACAGGGAGAGGGGAAAUUUCAAUCCCUCAGUGAAACCUCUUCUCCAAAUUGUGCCCAAGAUGACAUAGAAGGGCUUCCACUGAAAGGAAGAAAUGCUCUGCUUGAAGUCCCACAGAAGUCCAACUGCAAACCUGCAACUGGAGGAAGCACUCUGCCCAGCAGUGACCACGAGCAAGCCAAGAGCUCCUUCUCCCGUCUCAGUCCCCUGCACGUCUACUUGAGGGAGGAUGGCCAGUCCGUGCAAUGCUUUCUCUUGUCAAGCCUGAAAUGAAUCUUUAAAUUGCUGAGCAGUAAUGUAGCCAGCUACUUAAUUUGUCAGAGUGACUCAUGCAUGAUGGUAUUAAGACAUAGGGAUUACGUUCUGAUUUAGUUCCUGUGCUCUCCUGCAGAAGUGGUUUCCUACAAGAGAGGAACUGGCAAGGCAGAUGUUGCUUUUACAACAGCAGUGGUUCUCUGGAACUAAAUGAGAUACCAAUCUGUUCACAAAAGGUAAAGACUAAAGAGGAUUAAAUCCCCACCUUAUCCAGAGCUUGUAGUUCACAGUAUCUGUCUGUGGCAGUUUUCCUUGAGUUUCGGUAUGCCUUUUAUAACGAUACAAAGACCCCGCCACAACUGAGAAGGUCCAAGGCACAGCUGCCAGCCUCAGAAACCGGAUCGGUCUGUCAGUAGUGCUAUAGGACACAUCAACCCUGAAACGUAACCCUCGUCUCUUGGGCCCUGAUGCACAGAUUUGGCACUGUUGUACCAGUUAUUUAUUAAAAUUGAAAAGCCUCCAA